CUUGACCACAAUAGCCACUUUCUCGUCCUCUAAGUCUAUGCAACUUUGACUCCAAUCAUGGAUACAGUGGAUGGACGCGAAACUGCGUCUCCAGCUCCGCCCUCAGGCCCUGGCACCACAACUCCCCUGGGUCCAUUCAAAUCCCUAGAGGGGGUUGCUUUACAACAACUCACCGACUUGAUCGAAUCGCCUCUACCUUUGCGCCGCUCUCCUAGAAUCUCUUCUCCACAUCCUUUAACAUGGACUCAAACCCUGGAUAGUAAUUCGAACGAUAUUUCAGGCGAAGAAACUCUUUCCCGCCCAGAGACUCCUGAUAACGAUGGUCUGGUACAAGAUGCCAUCUUCAGUUCUGGCCAGUAGAAUAAUGCGUGCCCAUGACAAUCCAUCACCACCUCCCCAGUCACCCGAAAACACGUUGUUGCAUCCUCAGUUCGCCCAUGACGCCCUUAACACAUCUCUAUCACCAACGCCUGAUCCUCAAGAAGACCCUUUCUCCGCCGAUGAACCUCAGGACACAAUCUCAGCGAGAGUCCCUAUUACACCCUUACAAUACCAGGACCUUGCGGCUUCCGAUACUAUGAGACAGUCCAUUAUACCGAUGACAGAGCAUAAUGCACCACCUAAUGACUCACAAGUCAACUCACACACCCACGAAUGCUUAGAUUCCGCUAGCAUUGCCAUCCGGUCUCCCUCCGAAGAAAGGACCGUGGCAGAGCCAUUCCUGACUAAUGAGCCAACCUCUGCAGAUCCAGUAAACUCCGUGAUAGAAUUGUCUGCGGAGGACUCGUCUAGUCCAGAGGAACCUCCAAGCCCUCCAUUACGUCGCUCAUCUCGACCUCGCCGGAGUGUAUAUAAUCUUUCACCUCUCAGAGAGGUCACUAUUGUCAAAGAUAACACUCCUUUAUCGAGUUCGAACGAGCCGCAAGCCUUGACGCCCGAUCUCGAGCUCCCGCUUGCACCCUUGGCACCUACUAGGCGACAACCUCGGCAAUCUGGACAUCAGAAACUGGCGUCCCUUUCCCCACAUUCUCUCAAGCUUCUUGGUGAAAUAUCUGGCGAAACGUCAGAAGACGUUAGUUCCGACCAUCCACAUACCACUUCUGUUGCACAGUCAGACACGAUAAUUAAACCCGUUAUCUCUAAUUUCCGCUGGCCAGAAGAUACGCCUAACACACCCUCCAGAACAAACGUUCCCAUUCGAUUUCCCAGUCCCAAAAGGACCAGCCGACCUCCAUCUCCCAAUAAAUACCAACUACAUAUUCCGAUAGCAGGUCCUUCAACGCCGGCCAGACGCAUUCCUAUUUCAGAAGCAAUUGCUCAAGGACAGCUGUCUCCUCAGAAAGCGGCACAGCUCUCAAUAAGUCGUGGAACAGGAAAAUCCCGGACACCGUUUCUCAAGAUACCACCGAAUGACACGCCAGCGAGAAGAGUUCCGAUAUUGCCUCCACAAUCCAACAAUCCACCGAAAUCCACACUCGAUCUCAGUCAAGGAAAGCGACCCCUCUUACACGAACGCAGUAGAUCUGUGGAACCUGAAUCCUCCGCCCCCGUGCGAUUGAAACCCAGAAGCGGAUCACUUGAACCGGCUUCUAAGUUUCCCCAGCAUCCCUUGAGCUCAGGCGCAAGAACCGCUCAAGAGUUACCCUUUCCAAUCAUCUACGAGGAUGUCUCCGAACAAAGCGAAACUCAACAGACGUCAACGUUGCCAUCUAAGAAGACUCCAGUACAACAGACGACCUUAAAGCAGAAAACUAGCAAGAUCCCUCGGAGAACCUUCAAACCAUACAGUAGACCAACUUCUUCUGCUGCAGCAAAGGAGGCGGCCAAUCGUGUGGGGCAACAGAGUUCUGUGAGGGUGGCCGAGCCACCCACAUCUACUAUUAAGAAAAAACGUCAGAUGCAGACCAACAUCUCUCAAGCUGCGUCCUCCAGUAAUCCCAAUCUGAAGCGCAAGCGGGCAACGGUUGAGACACCAUCCACGGCUAAACCUGUGGUGGUGGUGGUUACUUCUCUGAGACAGGCCUCCAAACCUUCGACCAGCUCCCGUUCGCAACUCAGUCCUAAAAAGAACCAGGCAUUGCUGAAUCUACGACAGGUUAAGAUGGAGAAACCACCUAGUCCUCCUGCGGCUGUUUCCGUUCAUUCGGAUACACCGCCAGAGAGUAAAGAUUUACUAACCGUAAUGGAAAACAUUACUUUGUCGACUUCUGUUGCAUCUCAUACCCCCGUUGCUCCGCUUGCCAGUAACACAAACAGCGACAGACAACUAUCUUCACCUGUGAAUGGUUCGGCAACAACGACAGAGGGCGUCCCUGUUCAAUAUGACACUGUAUCCGAUCUUUCCGCAGCUUUUGAAACGGAUUCUCCAGAGCCCCUUGUUGUCGUGGAAGAACCGCCGGGACCAUAUAGCCUACGUCGGACUACCAGGGUAAGAAAGCCUGUUACGGGCUCAAAUCCUCCUUCGACUUGUCGGGCGGAUAUCCCUUCACAGCCGAGAAGAAGGAAGCCUCCGGUAACUCGAGGUACUGGUCCCUUUUCAAGUAUGACUGCCGGUGAUCUGCGCCAGCUCACCAACUCAAAUACUACAAAAAACCAAAAGUAUUUGACUGCAAUGCUUGAAACGGCCAUCAUCAGGCGAGAAGGACCGCGGCCUGAGAGUCCAGGAAUAAGGGCGAAAACGGUGUCCCAGAAAGAGGAGAAAGAAAAGGAAAGAGAGAAGAAUGCCCGCGCUGACAGGAGGGCCAAUAGAACCAAACGACGAUCUGGAGAGAGUUUACAACAUGAUGGACAAAGUUCGGGGAGUUUACAGCAAAUUGACGACGAUGAAGUUUGGGAGCACCUCAAUAGUAGUCCCAGUGUUCGCCAACACCGGAGAGGUGCGGGUGAGGAUGAGGAUUACGAGUCACCUAAACACUACAAGAGGUUCAGAACGAAUGACAAUGCAGACGAGGACAAGGAAGAAGCCGAGAUGGACGACAAAAAGCGAGUCAAGUGGGAUCAGGGACUUUUCACAACAGUCAUUUUGGAUGAGGUUCAACCGCGUCCACGACAUGGCUUCGUCGUGGCUACAAAGGGUUGUCUCGCUCCUACUUCAAAGACAAUAAAACUGGAUGAUCUGGGGAACCUUCCCACUGCCGAAUUUCCCUUGGAAGACCUCGUGCAGGAGAAUGUGGUAGUCAAGAAAUUUGUGUACGAUACCGAUAUACCCGAGCCUCCAUCUCGUCCAGCUGUUGUUAAGAAUACCCGGUCCAAAAAGAAAUCGUCGUAACAGUAUUAUCACACAUCUGUCUCAUA